AAUCUUGACGAAAAUAAGAAGAAUCCCAAAAAAGUGUUUCCAUUGCGAAAUGUGUGGUCUAUUCAAGUUUUUUAGAACCCAUUCAUUUCUUCUUUCUCAUUCUCCAUUUCACAACAACGGAUAAAAGGGAAGGCGGUUGGCGGGCCCCACUGCCUUCCUUUCCAACCUCCUUUUUUCAGUCAACUCUUUUCUUUCCCCCCUCUAAUCAAAAUCACCUAAUUAAUCAAAUCAAUUCCUUAAUCUCUUUCUCUUACGCUAAUUAAUCAUAAUCACAAUCACGUUACGUUUUUCAAUGGUGUUCUUCAUCUCCAUGAUUCCUUCGUUGGAAUCACACGGAGAUUGUUGAAGGUGAAGAACGUACGAAUGUAACGAAUCAAUUGUUGAUGGCAAACCCUACAACUCAUCACGUAAUCAUCGAUAUAACAACAACAACGACGACUUCGACGACUUCAAUUUCUGAAGCUGCUCCUCCUUCUGUUCAUGGCGGUGGUGAUGUUGAUGUUGACGUUGUUUCUCGUCAAUCUUCAAAUUCUAGGUUAACAAGAGGAGAGGAUUCAUUAGGACGUGUUACUACUAGGACUCCGUUGAAUUCAGGGUUUUGUGUUUCUUUGGAAUUUGUUUUUACGUUUACUCAAAUUGUUGCUUCUGUUAUUGUUCUCAAUUCAUCCAGAAAUGAACAUCCUCAUGCUCCAUUGUUUGCUUGGAUUCUUGGUUAUGCUUCUGGAUGUGUUGUUUCGCUUCCUUUGUUGUUGUGGAGAUAUUUUGCUAGGGAACCAGAUUCCGAGUCUCAAAGCUCGACCACCGGUGAUGAUCCUUCCGGGAUUCUGCUUUCGAAUCGGACUACAAUACAAGGUGAAGAAGAUGCUGUCCCUGUUUCAUCCAAUCAGGCUUCGUCGUUGUUCAGGAAUACGAGACUCAAGAUACUUAUGGAAUACUUCAAAAUUGUCCUAGAUUUAUUUUUUGCAUCAUGGUUUGUUCUUGGAAACGUAUGGAUAUUUGGAGGGCAUUCAUCCGCUAAUGAAGCUCCAAACUUAUACCGGUUAUGUGUAGUGUUUCUUACUUUUAGCUGCAUCGGUUAUGCAUUGCCCUUCAUUCUAUGCUUAACAAUCUGCUGCUGUCUUCCUUGUAUAAUUUCCACUCUUGGGGUCAAUGAGGAUCUGGCACAAACCAGAGGUGCAACCUCUGAAUGCAUUAGUGCUUUACCAACUCACAAGUUCAAAUUGAAGAAAAGCAAAAGCAUAGAUGAAAGCACUCCGGCCAGGGAUGGAGGUGGAGUUGUUUCCGGAGGAACCGAAAAGGAACGCGUGAUCUCCGGAGAAGAUGCAGUUUGCUGCAUAUGCAUAGCGAACUAUGAAAACGACGAUGAAUUGAGAGAAUUGCCUUGUUCACAUCUUUUCCACAAAGAUUGCGUAGACAAGUGGUUAAAGAUAAAUGCAUUAUGCCCCCUUUGCAAAAGGGAAGUUGGCGGGAAUGAAACAGAACCGGUCAUCGAGGAAAAUGCCAGCCAACAAAGGGGCGAGAGCAGGAUUGAGAAUAGUCCCAAUACCUCAUCAGUAAUAUAGUUGGAUCAUAUACAUAAUCCAGACUUUGCAGUUUUGUAAAACUUUUCCUUAUCAUCUGCCCACUCUUUCCCUUGGAUUGACGUCUGAAUUUUAGUGCAUCUUUGAAAUUAUGGUGAGUUUCGACUGUAUUACAGUGACAUGCCGUAUUUUGUUGAAGUUUCGAAGUGCGGCUUUUGGCAAAAAUUACGGUUGUACAUUAUGAUUGUGCUAAACUCAACGUCAUUCCAAAUAUGAACUUAGUUCAAUCAUUUUGUUUUGAUUUUGUUGAUAUGGGCCAAUGUUUCACUGGCCGUUACUGGAGUUGUAAGUGGAUGGAGGUUAUACUUGCAGAGGCUUUGAUGGGGGAGAGAAUAUUAAUAAUAGAAAGAUAGAGAAAGGAGUUGAAAUGUAAAUCUUUGAGAGUUUCUUCUUCUUCUUUUGUAUUUGGUUAUUGAUUCUACUUUCUAAGAAAUAAUAUCCACUAAGAACAGUGAGUUUAUAGCAAUGAUAACUUGUAACUUUGAAGCAA